GUCGCUACAAUUAUUUAAAGAUUCUUACGUGCUCCAUUGUUUAAAAGAAACCCAAUUUCUCAACCACAAGUUUCAACAUUUAUUGAUUCUGUUGUACAGAAAAAAAUCACAGAACAUUCGAUCUUACAGGUUUAUAUAUACUGGGUAUUUCUCUCCAUAGCUUCUUAGCUUUCCAUAUCGUCUGAAAAUGUGCAGAGGUUUACAACAAGAUGGGAACAGCAGCUCGAGUUCUUGUCCGAAACAGGGUUUCUCGUCAGUGCAUGAUGAUCCGGCAAGCGAUGAUGAUUCUUCAUGGUUAGUGAACUGUGAGCUCUGCAAUUCCAAGGCUUCCUUGUAUUGUCAAGCUGAUGAUGCGUAUCUGUGUAGGAAGUGUGAUAAAUGGGUUCAUCAAGCUAAUUUCUUGGCUCUCAGGCAUAUCAGGUGUUUUCUCUGUGAUACAUGUCAAAGUUUGAGUCAGAGAUAUCUCAUCGGAGCUUCACAGGAAGUGGUGCUGCCGACGAUGGUGAGCUCGUCGGAGAGAAGCCGGUGUGACUCUGACAUGGAAACUAAGCAUUCAGCGACGCUUAAAACACCUUUUCUUUUUCUCUGAUUGCCACUUUUUUCCUCCUCCUGUCUUACAACUUUUGGUUAUGGAGGAUCUUAUCUGGUUAGCCUGAGGGUAUCAUUGUGGGUUUACACAUAUGUAUACAUGUAAGCUUCGUUAUAGGUAGAGUCAAGAAUGUUGUAAUCCUCAGUGUUGUGUAAACCAGAUUGAUUUUCUCUCU